AUGGCUACGAAAGACAACGAGAAUAGACCCUGUGAGGCGCGCCAGGGUGUCUACAACCAAGAGGCUCGGCUGAACACGGCCUUUGUCGUUCCUUUUGAUCCAGCUGAAGACCAAGAUGACGGUACUACAAUUAGGCGACCUGCAAUGUCAUCACGCGGGCUAAAAGAACCGUUUCCGCUCUGGCGUCCAGCGGACGAGUGGGAAAAUCCCAUCUGGGGCUGGAUGCUCAUCAACUACGCCAACCAGGGCCUCCAGCUGUUUCUGCAGGACGGCACCUUCUAUCGCGAGGUUCGGCUCCCCGGCCGCAAUGGAACUCAGAGCUUGCAGACCUGGGAGCCGUUUGGACCGCCUAUCAAGGAUCCUGACCUCACCAAGAAGCCAACUCGCCAGCUCGUCCAACUCCAGCUCCUAGUGGCCCGAUUUCAGGACGAAGCCUUUCUCCGUGACUUCUGGGCCAUGGCGGUCCGCGCUGCCAAUAAAAUGGAACCCGCACCGAACGCCUUCUCCGACUUCUCCAACGCUCUGAUUGGACGACCUCUGGCUCUUGCGCAUGCGGGCUGGUCCUUGGAACUUGCCAGGCUGCCCCUCAGCAAACAGGCUGUGGGUGACAGUCAGACGAGCGAGCCCCUUAGUAAAUAUGUGUUCGACAUUAAAGUCGGGAAUGCUUCAAGUGGUUUUGACGGGCUAGUGGGAGUCUUUGACUGCGAAGCUGCUCCGGGACAACAGGACCUCGGCUUGGUCUUAGACAAGGUUUAUAGCGACUUUGAUCACGACCCCUCGAGUCCGACUACAUCGCAGCCCGCGCUGCCAUCGAUGGCGAGCGAUGGAAACCGUUUGGAUGAUUCUCCAAAGCGGAUUCUGCCGAGCAAGAAGAUCCCUCUGCGCGCUUUCUACAUCUCACCGGAGAAUGAUGACGGCAACCGCCGCCGCAACCCAGAGCUCGUCGUUCGCGGCGUACUUAUGGAUCCCUUCUCUCCUAUACACACGUACUCGGACAGUCUCCCGGUGCAAGAGCUGGUGCUUCCGGCGUGGACUUGGCAGCGCACUCUAGCAAAUAUAAAAGCCUUCUUGCACCUGGGACCGUUGGUUGUCACCCAGGAUGUCCCGCCCGCGAUAGCACCAGGACAGGAACUACGAUCUGAAACUCCAGUUGUCCUGCCGGAUAUCGAUUCAAAGAGCGAACUCGAAGCUGUGAGGUUGCCCGUCUUAGGGAAUAGUGAUUGGGCCUGGUUGCAGCCAUGUUACCCCGAUAGCAAGGGUGCGGCCGGCGUAGAGGGGGAGGAUAGCAAGCGCGGCAAAACUAAUGGCGAAUGA